AGGCCGAGCGAAAGCUGCGAAGGAAGUGGCGGCGGCACGAGAACCGCCUCAUCCGCAGGAGACCUUGGAACGAUGACACCGCUGCUGUCUGGAACCCCCUUCCAGAUGAAGUGGUUCUUCUGGACAUCCCCGAGAAGGAGCAGAUGCGAGUGGCUCAGAGGCGGCAAAAGCGGGGCAAGACCUGGCAGCAGUGCUUUGACUUACGCGCCAAGCGCCUGCGUCGAGAAGGGAAGCGUCAGCUGCCCAUGGUCUUCUUCACUCAUCGCCUGGAGCCAGAGAAAGCCGCCGGCUUCGUGACCAAGUAUCGCGACCUUCUGAAGACAGAGAAGGAGAUGUUUGCAGAAGAAGAGCAGAUGUUCGCAGACAAGGACACCAAGUCCCAGAUGGUCAUCAGGCGGAAUAUUUUGACCCUGAGGCAGCAGCAGGUGCUGCUUUGGCGAGAGUCGGGCCACCGCUGGGCUCGGCGCCUGGCAGCCAAGCUGCAGUGCUGGCGGGGGACCGAGAGCACGCUGCACGAGAGAACAAGUCUGAAGGGCACGAUUUCCCCCGAGUUCUUUACCCAUCGCUUGGACAACGCCGAGCGCUUUUUGCAGAAGUACGGUCAUGCCCUGAGCCUCGACGUGCCAAAGAACGCACCAGAGAAGGGGGCUGCUGAGCCUUCUCAAGAUGCUCAAGAGGCGGUCACUGAGCCGACUGCGCCUCCCCAACCUAAUGAGGCUGCCGUCGAGCUCAAGGAGGCUGAGCCUUCUCAGGAAGCUGCUGCUGAGGCUUCUCAGGAGGCUGCUGCUGAGGCUUCUCAGGAGCCUUCUCAGGAGCCUUCUCAGGAGUCUUCUCAGCAUGCUGCAUAACCGAUUUCAGCAGCUCGGCGUUCGCUUGGCUGCAGUCCGGCUCGGCACUUUCUUGCGAG